CCUGAGUCUGUGGUAAGAGCAUCAGUCAGCUGGCAAGCCUUCCCUUCUUCAGUACAGUAGUGUCCCAUUACGCGCAGUAUCAACCACCGACGAACAGGAUGAACAGCUUCAUUGCGAUCACUCUGCUGGCCGUGAUUGGGGUGGCCAUUGCGGCUCCCGCCAAGUACGGCGGUGGACACGCCCACCAUGGAGGAGUCGUGCCGGGACCGGCCGUCGUCCACACCUACCCGGCCGUCGCACCGGUGGUCAAGUGCGGCCACAAUCUGCUGGUGAGCUGCGAUCCCCACCAUCACCCGGUGCCGUGCAAGGCUGCCCCGGCUCACCACGCCGGCUAUGGACACCAUGCUCCGGCCCCUGCCCCGGCCUACCACCAUGCGCCGGCUCCGCACUACGCCCCGGCCGCUCCCGCCUACCAUGGUGCCGAGGAGCAUGGUGAGUACCGCGCCAAGCACCACAAGAAGCACCACAAGAAGCACCACGGCAAGGGCAAGAGCGCCGACAACGUUGGAGAAGCGAUCGACAGCAGCUCGGAGGCGAUGUAAGCGGUCUGCGAGGGUCGUUGCAGCAGCAGCAGCAGCAGCAGUGCGCAAGGAGGAAAACGCUUUGCAAGCUGGCUGGUGAAUCAUUCAAGACUGAAUACAAUUCCUUUCCUAUAUUUUCCUAUCCGCCCUGGUUUCCCUUCCCCCUCUAUCAGUCGAACAGUUUGUGGUCGAUUGGAGAAAUGAGGUGGAAACAGGGACUGCGUCACAAUAAAAUGUGAAUUUUCCUAACAAAAAGACAA